AUGCGUAAUCUUCGCAACAUCCGUUUCGGCCAGUGGUCCCAUGCAGACAUUACUUCGACCUGCUGGGACCCCGCCAACGAUGACCUCUUGUGCACAGUCGGACCUACAGAGGCGCGAGCCACCAUCGACCUGGUAAGGAUAUCAGACCAGAACAAACUAUCAUCCGAAACUGUUGCUACCUGGGACGCGCCCAGCCCUAACCCUGAUGUCACCGCCGACUCGAUCAUCAGCAUCCACCACUUUAGCGACACGGCUACGACAUGCGUCAUUCUCGCGGGCGGCGACAUCAUCACUGUUCAGGAGUCCGACACAUUUUCCUCGGGCCAAGAUGCCGCACACAUUGAGAUGGUUGGCUCCAUCGACGCUGGCAUCACCGCAGCGCGCUGGUCGCCCGACGAUGAGCUGCUCACCAUCACCACGGGCGACGGAAACGCCGUCUUCAUGGGGCGGACCUUUGACCCAAUCGCCGAGGUGGCCAUGACGGCUCGGGACUUUGCCGCAUCGAAGCACGUCUCUGUCGGCUGGGGAAAGAAGGAGACGCAGUUUGAGGGACGCGGCGCCAAGGCCCUCAGGGACCCGACAAUUCCAGAAAAGGUAGACGAGGGUGUGCUCAGCACACAGGACGACCGUCAAGUCACCAUUACAUGGAGAGGCGACGGUACGUACGUUGCCGUCAACGCCAUUGAGGGAUCCAGGAGGGUGGUUAGGGUGUACACCCGUGAGGGCGUGCUCGACAGUGCCAGCGAGCCUGUCGAUGGGCUCGAGGGCAGCUUGAGUUGGCGGCCGGCAGGAAACCUGCUUGCGGCUGUGCAGCGUUUCGAGGAGAAGAUCGAUAUUGUCUUCUUUGAGAGGAAUGGUCUGAGACACGGCCAAUUCACCCUGAGGUCUCCGGACGGACCAGUUACAGAGCACGGUAGGAUCAGGCUUGAGUGGAACGCCGACUCGACGGUCUUGGCUAUCAUCCUGGGCGACAAGGUUCAGUUGUGGACAAUGGGGAACUAUCAUUGGUAUCUCAAGCAGGAGAUUCCUCAUACUUCUUCUACCUCUCCUUGGCUGGCAUGGCAUCCAGAGAAGGCGUUGAGGCUUGCAUUGGCAACGACUGUUGCCCUCACAACUUCAGAAUACACAUUCACAGCAGCCCGAGGAGCACUGCUGCCGCCUCACGAUUUCGGCGCCGUGGCUGUUGCCGAUGGGCAGACUGUCAAGGUCACCCCGAUCCGGACAGCAAACGUCCCUCCGCCCAUGUCGCUGUUUGACCUCGAGGUUCCCUCCAGCAUCGUUGAGGUCGCCUUCAACAUGGACAACUCGCGCAUGGUAGUUCUGCAUCGCCAGGGACUAGAACUCUUCCAGUGGGAGACCAAAGGGGAGCGUGCGCUUCGCCCAAAGCUGCUCGGCUCAGCGACGUUCGAAUCCUUGCUGGGAGACCCAAGGGCGCGUGUGCCUCUGCAGACCUGCUUCUCUGCAUCUGACGAACUCUGUGUUUUGGUCUUCGAGCAGGAGCUCAAGAUUGAGGUUUUCGACUUCUCACCCUCUACUUCGACAAUUAGCCUUGCCAAUGUACACGAGCUGAGUGAUUUUGACCCUGUGUCAUCAAUCUCCAGUCACUGUGGCCUGUCGGAUGCGGAGGCAUAUGCACAGGAUCGCUCUGGAAAGCUCUUUAGUCUUUCUGGUGGUGCGGGGUUGACGUCUCUUGGACGACAGCUGCCAUCUCAGCUUGCAUGGCAUCAACUCGUCAAUAUCGAGGAGCAAUCUGUGUCUAUUGGUAUGACUCGCAAUGGCCACUUAUUCGCGGACUCACACCUCCUGGCGAAGAACUGCACAUCGUUUGUGGUGACAGACGCCCACAUUAUCUUUACGACAAAUAAUCACUUUGUCAAGUUUGUCCAUCUUGUCAGUCCUGAUGAGAUGGAAGUCCCUGGCGACAAUCCACAAGACGACGAGAGGUGUCGUAGUAUCGAACGCGGCGCCCGUCUGAUCACGGCCAUGCCGACGAACAUGAGCAUUGUUUUGCAGAUGCCCAGAGGGAACCUCGAAACAAUUUACCCUCGUGCCAUGGUCGUGGCGGGCAUCAGGAAGCUUGUUGAUGAGAAGAACUACGCCCGCGCCUUUUCAUACUGCCGCACGCAACGUGUAGAUAUGAACAUUCUCUACGACCACCAGCCGGAACAAUUUCUUGCCCAUGUCGGUCUCUUCCUGGACCAGCUCAAGGACGUUACUUAUAUCGAUCUGUUCCUCUCGUCUUUAAGGGAAGAAGACGUUACGCAAACCAUGUACAAGGACACCAAACGGACCGCCGACCGCCCAUCAGAAACGCCGCUUGAUAUUCUCACAGCCGAAAAAGAAUCCAAAUCAAAAGUCAACAAAAUCUGCAACUCCAUAUUAAAGAGUUUGCAGAGCAAGAAGGAUACGAACCUCCAGAACAUCAUCACUGCCCACGUCUGCAAAGUGCCGCCUGCGCUCGAUGACGGACUUACCCUGGUAUCUGGGCUCAUGCAGGAAGAUGAGAAGCUGGCUGAAAAGGCCAUUGAGCACAUUUGUUUCCUCGUUGACGUCAAUCGACUUUACGACAAUGCUCUGGGUCUUUACAACCUGGAACUAGCUUUACUGGUUGCACAGCAAUCACAACGGGAUCCGCGCGAGUAUCUGCCCUUCAUCCAGGACUUGCACCAGCUGCCAACCCUUCGCCGCCAUUUCCAAAUCGACGACCAUCUCGAACGACGCGGCAAGGCCCUCGUACACCUCAAGGGUUUAGAUGUCUUUGACGAAUUGCAACAAUAUGUCGUCAAGUAUGCCCUUUAUCAAGAAGCGCUGGACCUCUACCGUUACGACAAGCCCAAACACCGUACCCUCACCAAUCUCUUUGCCGAGCAUCUAGAGUCCAGGUCCAAAUACCGCGACGCAGGCCUUGCAUACGAAUUCCUGGAGAACUAUACCAAAGCCACAGCUUGCUACCGCGCCUCGGGCGCUUCCAGUUGGCGAGAGUGUCUAUACGCCGCCCAGCAGCAAUCGCCCGCACUUUCUCCCGACGCCCUGUCGGAUCUCGCGUCUUCGCUUGCAGACGCCCUCACCGAGGCCAAAGAUCACGCAUCUGCUGCUACCAUCUACGUCGAAUACCUCUCCUCCAUCGAGACCGCCAUUCGCUCACUCUGCAAAGGCUCCCAGUUUGCCGAGGCCCUGCGUCUCAUCUCCCAGAAAGCCCGCCUCGACCUGUUGUCGACUGUUUUUGACCCCGCCCUCGUCGACGCGCUCAGCAGCACGACCGACCUCCUCGCCGAUUGCAAGGCCCAGCUCCGCGCUCAGGUACCGCGCAUCAUGGAGCUCCGCCGCCGCGCAGAGGAGGACCCGCUCGCUUUCUACGAGGGCGAGCGUGGGCCGGCCGGCGCCGACAUCCCCGACGAUGUCUCCAUCGCCGCCAGCUCUCGCAUCAGCACGUCCGCCAGUCUAUUCACGCGGUACACGGGCAAAGCGGGCAGCGUCGGCACGGUCGGCACAGGCGUCAGCCGGGCGACGAGCAAGAACCGUCGACGCGAGGAGAAGAAGCGCGCGCGCGGACGCAAGGGCACGGUGUACGAGGAGGAGUAUCUCGUCGCCUCAGUGAGGCGUCUUGUUGAGCGUAUCGAGAGCAUCAAAGUCGAGGUGGCUGCUCUUGUGUUCGCACUCGUGCGUAGAGAUAUGGGUGAGCGCGCAAGGGCCGUUGAGACGCUCAUGGGCGAGGUUGUCGAGGGGUGUCGCGUUGCUGUCGCCGAGGUCUUCGUCCCUCUGCCCGGCCAGGUGGCAGAAGAACAGCCUGACGACCACGUCGCCGUGUCAGGCGGCGCUGCCGUGUUUGGGGAGUAUCUGGACGCAAGGACCCGCAGGCAGGAGGCGCCGGUUGUUUUGCCUUUUACAAAGCUGACACUUCUCGGGGCAUGA